AUGAAACCGAUUCGUCGGAAAGACUUGUUGUUUUUACUUUUUCCUAAGUUGCGUUUAGUUAAGUUCUCUUUUGAUUCGUUGAAGUGUUUGUACGGUUGUUGUCAGAAGAGGAAAGAAUUUAAUAAGAAGAAAAUGCGGUUGCCGAUUAAAAUUGCUAUUGGGUGUACGAUAGGGGCUGUCGUUAUUAUUAUUUUUGGAUUUAUUGCGUUUCCUAAAAUGAUUAAAGGGAAAGUGAAAAAAAUGGUAAACUUAGAUAAAGAUAGCGAAAUUAGGAAAAUGUUUGUCAAAGUUCCAUUCGGUUUAGAUUUUAAAGUUUAUAUGUUCAACGUAACAAAUCCUAUGGAGAUUCAAAAUGGUGCUAUACCUGCAGUCCAAGAAGUUGGUCCUUUUUGUUUUCAGGAAUGGAAAGAAAAAGUUGAUGUCAGUGACAUCGAUGACGAAGAUAUGAUGUUGUACAAAGCUAAAGACACAUUUUACAGAGCAGAUGGGCCAGGUUGUCUUGAUGGAAGUCAAAUGAUGACAAUACCGCACCCCUUAAUACUGGGUAUGGUCAACGCAGUUACUAGAACCAAACCAGGAAUGUUAAAUUUAGUCAGUAAAGCUAUUAAUUCCAUUUAUCGAAAUCCUAACUCAAUAUUUUUAACGGCCAAAGCUAUGGACAUUCUGUUCGACGGUGUGCUAAUUCAUUGCGACGUUAAAGACUUUGCCGGAAAAGCAGUGUGUACACAACUUAAGGAGUCUCCAGAUUUAAGACAUGUUACAGAUGACGACUUGGCUUUCUCUUUUAUGGCUCCUAAAAAUGGAACUCCAGGCAAAACAUUCAAGGUCUUAAGAGGGGUCAAAACCAAUCAUGAUGUAGGAAGAAUUCUUGAAUAUGACGAUAAGAAAGAAAUGGAAGUAUGGCCAACAAAAGAAUGUAAUCAAUACCAAGGCACUGAUGGAACUGUUUUUGCACCUUACCUAACGAAGGAAGAAGGUCUAGCUUCUUUUGCUCCAGAUUUAUGCAGGUCACUAGUUGCUGUCUACAGUGGAGAUACCAAAUACGAUGGUAUUCCCGUUAGGAUAUAUACGGCUACAUUAGGUGACAUGUCUAAAAAUCCCGACGAAAAAUGCUACUGCCCAACACCUGAAACAUGUCUAAAGAAAGGCAUGAUGGAUUUAUUUAAAUGUGUCGGAGUUCCUAUUUAUGUCUCUUUGCCCCAUUUCUAUGAAUCUGACGAAAGUUACCUUAGAGGAAUUAAAGGCCUCAACCCAAAUAAGAAGGAACAUGGAAUUCAGAUUCUAUUUGAAUCGAUGACUGGAGGUCCUGUGGCGGCAGCAAAACGACUUCAGUUCAAUAUGCCUUUAGAACCAAACGAAAAAGUGCAAAUAUUUAACAAGUUGCCCAAUACGGUUUUACCUCUGUUUUGGGUCGAAGAGGGAGUGAAAUUGAAUAACACAUUUACGGCUCCCUUAAAAUCACUCUUCAAGAUACUGAAAAUAGUGAAAAUAGUAAAAUGGGUUGUUUUGGUAGGUUGUCUAGGAGGUUUAGGUGCAGCAGGCUAUCUCUUUUUUUCAAAAAAAGGAGAAGCAAAUAUUACACCAGUUCAUAAAGUAAAACCUGCUGAAACAAAUGGAGUUAGCACGAUUGGAAGCGCUGGUUUUGGUGGUCAAGUGAACCAUGCGAUGUCGGACAAUGAAAUAAAUGAAAAAUAUUGACAUUUUUUUUAGAAAAUCUUUUAAUUAUGUA